UUCAUUAUUUCUAUUUCCAGGUCCAAAAAAGCAACAAUGGAAAAACAUUUCAAUGGCUCUGCGGACUGCUACACUAUUGAUUUAUAUAUAAAGCAUCACUAUCUCCCAAUCAUGUAUGGGGUAAUAUUUCUGGUUGGAGUUGUCGGAAAUCUUUUGGCCUUCACAGUGUACCUGGUAAAGCUACGGCCUUGGAAGAGCAGCAGCAUCAUCAUGGUCAAUCUGGUGGUGGCUGACCUGCUGUACACCCUGAGCCUACCUUUCCUGGUCCAGUUUUACGCCACUAUGAACUGGACUCUGGGCGAGUUCAUGUGCCGCUUCUUGAGGUUCUGCUUCUACUUUAACCUGUACGGCAGCAUCCUUUUCCUUACAUGCCAUAGUAUCUUCCGGUACAUAGCCGUGGUGCACCCACUGAAGGCUGCUCAGAUCCAGAGGAAGCGCUGGGGCAUCACUGUCUGCUUGGCAGUCUGGGCAAUUUCAUUAGUGGAGAUUGGGCCAAUGCUCAGCAUGAUUACAACAAAAAAAAAGGGUAACACCACAGUUUGUUUGGACUUCGCCAGUAAUGAUCCAAACGUCAUUUGGUGGUACGGUUGGAUACUGACUGUGCUGGGCUACUUGGUGCCAUUGGUGGUGGUGUGUUUCUGCUACAAUCGCAUUGGAAACACUCUGGGAAUAAGCUUAUCUGCCAAAAGGCCAAGUCGAUUGCGAACACAGAAGCUCACAGUGAUGAUCCUGGUCGUGUUCAUUGUGUGCUUCCUCCCGUAUCACAUCCUGAGGGUGAUGAGGGUGCACAGUCUGAGGAGCAACACAACAUCCUGCUUAUACAGAAGAGGUGUCAAUGCUGCCUACACACUGUCAAGACCCUUGGCAGGCCUCAACAUAGUCUUCAACCUGGCACUCUAUACUCUGUCUGGAGACAAGUUCCAGCAGGCGUUCUACAGCCUGGUAUCCAGGAAAAAUCCCAGAAACAGCAGCAAAGUGGCCAUAAUUCAGGUACCCAGCAGCAUCCCUUCAAAGACUGACCAAGUGAAGACCUGAGGAGAAUUGCACCAUGUGGGA